UGGGGGAAUAUUAUUAGGGAGAGCGUAAUCCAGUCUCCUCGUCGCCCACGGACACAAUGGAUAGAAGAAGAAACAACCACCCAUCUUCUCACUGUCUUCUUCCACUCCUCUCUUUCCCCCUUUCUCUUCUUCUUCUCCUCCUUCUUCACUCUCCGCUCUCUUCCAAUUCGGCUUCCACACCAGAAAUUGUCGGCUAUGGCUACUCCCUCGGAUCCGUUUCCGUUGACCUACCCAGUCACUCGCUGACCGCCGAUCUCAAUCUUAUCCAGAGCUCCGACGUCUAUGGACCCGAUAUUCCCACUCUCACCCUCUCCGCCUGCUUCGAGACGGAUGAGCGAAUUAGAAUCCGAAUUUCGGAUCCCGAGAACGCCAGAUGGGAAGUCCCCGGCGAAAUCAUCCCCCGUCCCUCCGCCAAGAAGCCACUCUCGACCGGUCAUUCACCGGCGAGCGGCCGCCGGGUGAUGCUGGAGGAGACCGGGCUGCUCUCUCACCCAAAAUCGGACCUCGUCUUCGCCAUCCAGAACACGGAGCCCUUCGGAUUCGCCGUCUCCCGCAAGUCCACCGGCGACGUCCUGUUCGACGCCUCCCCCGACGGCUCCGAUCCCGGCAGCAGCUUCCUCGUCUUCAAGGACCAGUACAUCCAGCUGUCUUCUUCACUCGCUGGGGACCGAUCUUCGAUCUACGGCCUCGGGGAGCACACCAAGCCCAAUUUCAAGCUGACCCACAACCAGACGUUGACCCUCUGGAACGCCGAUCUCGCCAGCGCGUCUCCCGACGUCAAUCUGUACGGUUCCCACCCCUUCUACAUCGACGUUAAGUCGCAAUCCGCCGAUGGGAAAUCGCCGGCGGGAGCCACUCACGGUGUGCUGCUACUGAACAGCAACGGGAUGGAUGUGGUUUAUACAGGGGACAGGAUAACGUACAAGGCAAUCGGCGGGAUUAUAGACUUGUACAUCUUCGCCGGACCGUCGCCGGUGGAGGUGAUUGAUCAGUAUACUAAGCUCAUCGGCCGCCCUGCUCCGAUGCCGUAUUGGUCCUUUGGGUUUCAUCAAUGCAAAUACGGGUACAAGGACGUGACGGAGCUAGAGGAAGUGGUCGCCGGUUACGCCAAAUCAGGGAUUCCUCUGGAAGUGAUGUGGUCGGAUAUCGAUUACAUGGACGCUUACAAGGAUUUCACUCUGGAUCCGGUCAACUUCCCAGUUCUUCAGAUGAGGAAUUUCGUCAACAAGCUUCACCAAUUCGGUCAGAAGUACGUCGUCAUCUUGGAUCCUGGUAUCAACGUCAAUGAGAGUUAUGGGACAUACAACCGAGGGAUGGAAGCAGAUAUCUUCAUCAAACGAGACGGUUCGCCUUACUUAGGAUCGGUUUGGCCCGGACCCGUUUACUUCCCGGAUUUUCUGAACCCAAACACAUCGGACUUCUGGAGGAAGGAGAUCGAAACGUUUCGCUACAUUCUCCCCGUCGACGGGAUAUGGCUAGACAUGAACGAAGUGUCGAAUUUCAUCACCUCAGCGCCAACUCCCAAUUCGACCCUCGACGACCCACCGUACAAGAUCAACAACUCUGGAAACCAGAGGCCGAUCAACAACAAGACCACUCCGGCAACUUGCCUCCACUUCGGUAACGCGACGGAGUACGACGUCCACAACAUGUACGGACUGCUGGAAGCCAGAGCGACGCAGGAGGCUUUGAUUAAGGUGACAGGGAAGCGUCCAUUCAUACUAUCUCGAUCGACAUUCGUGAGUUCCGGCAAGUACACGGCGCAUUGGACCGGUGACAUUGCUUCGACUUGGGAAGAUCUCGCCAACACGAUUCCUUCCAUUUUGAGUUCCGGGUUGUUUGGGAUUCCGAUGGUGGGUGCUGACAUAUGCGGGUUCUCGUUAAACACGACGGAGGAGCUCUGCCUGCGAUGGAUUCAGCUGGGAGCCUUCUACCCGUUCGCUAGAGAUCACUCCGAGAAGGGCUCCAUAAGCCAAGAGCUCUACCGUUGGGAAUCGGUGGCUGAAGCGGCGAGGAAGGUUUUGGGGCUCCGAUACAGGCUUCUCCCCUAUCUCUACACAUUGAUGAUGGAGGCAACAGAGAGAGGGACACCAAUUGCCAGGCCACUGUUCUUCUCCUUCCCAGAGGACACCAACACUUACGCAAUCGAUCACCAGUUUUUGCUGGGCGGCGGUGUGAUGGUGACUCCGGUGGUGAAGCAAGGAGCAGUGUUUGUCGACGCGUAUUUCCCGGCAGGGGUUUGGUUCAGCCUAUUUUAUUACUCCGACGUGGUGAUUGCUGGCACCACGGGGAGGUACGUCACUCUGGAGGCGCCACUGGACAAGAUGAACGUUCACUUGAAGGACGGGUACAUCUUGCCAAUGCAAGGGGAAGCGAUGACGACCAGGGAGGCUCGUACGACGCCAUUUCAUCUGGUGGUAGCGUUGGGACUGCAGGACGGGAGCAGCAGCGGGGAGGUGUACUUGGAUGAUGGGGAGAGGGUGGAGAUGGGGGAAGAAGGUGGGGAUUGGACUAAGGUGAGGUUUCGCGGCGGGGUAAAUGGUACGAAUGGAGCAUUUCUGAGGUCGGAGAUUGUGAUCGGAAGGUUAAACAGGGGAUGGAUUGUAGACAGGGUGACUUUCUUGGGAUUGAAGGCAGAUCAGGUUGGCGGGAGAUGUGAGGUAUUCAUAUCCAAGGCUUCGAAUCUGGGUAGCAACUCCGCGAUGGUAAAGACUAGCCCGAACAGUGGCAACAGCAGCAGCUCGCAGUUUGCGACGGUUGAGAUAUCUCAACUGUCGAUGCUCGUGGGCGAAGAGUUCCAUCUGGAGCUCAAGUUCAAUCAGCCAUUGCAGUGAAGAUCAUGCUGACAAUACUAUUGUGCUUCUAAUAUAUAUAUAUUAUAUUUUAGUGGUGAUCCAAUGCAUUGAAAGCAAACAAAAGGUGCUGCUUCUAAUAAAUUGAAAUCAGUCAGUUAUAUAUAGUUGAAACAAGUUAAUAAAUUACCGUUCGAGGC